AUACGUAGAAUGUUGAGUGAUUUACAUAAAUUUCAUUUAAUCUGUCCAAUAAGAACAUGAUACUACAUAAGCCGCUCAUAAUGGGCGCUAUAUGCAAGUAAUAGAAAAUACGCUUGAAAAAUAUCUCAACGAAAAACGUUGGGUAGGUGAGGCGGUGGGUGUUAAUAUAAAUUAGUUACAAAAUCAAUUAGUCAAUGAUUACGACACAAAUCUUCUAAGACAAGCAUGUGAUUUUUGCACACCCUCUCCUAGCGCUAGCUGAUAGAUAUAAAUCAAUUUAUUAUGAAAAAGGACGCGCCAGGAAUACCCUAUUAACAUAAAACUUGAAACAUAUUAACAGCAAGUCAUGCGCGUGCUCCUUCCUCGUUUGGUCGAUUUCCUGAAAGGGUUAAUGGCCGCUUGGCCUGUAUUGAAAUAGCACACGUGAUCGAUACACUCACACAUACCAAAACCAAACAAUGGAAAACGUGCAGUAAUUCAUAUAGCUUAACCAACAAUAGAAAGUUUAAUAGUUUACAUCAUUUCAGUUAGAUACAAUCUACGGCUCUGUAUAUAAAUAGUACUUGUCGCAAUGUGGAAUUCAAAUCCUCUUUACGCGUGUUUCUUUGUAGAUACACUAUUUUACAACCAAUGUCUGAUUCUGGUAAUCACUAUGAUGCUGAGAAGCACCCAGAGAAAGCUUCGAUUGAAUCAGCUUCCCUGAUCCUGGACGGUGACGGAGAACUUUAUGAAUUAAGCGAUUCCGUCUUACACCAAAAAAUGAAACUUAUAAAUGACGCUAUUGACGAAAUUGGGUUUACUCCGUAUCAUUUGAAGUUGUUUUUCUUGAACGGUAUGGGGUACUGGACUGAUACCCAGUUAACAUUUUUGGAAAGUAGUGUAAGAACAUUCAUUAACUACCAAUUCGGGUAUACGUUCCCAGUGUCUAACUUUAUGUUGGCUACCGGUUUACUAUUCGGGGCGCUAUUCUGGGGUCUUUCUGCCGAUUUAAUUGGUAGAAAAAUUGCUUUCAACUUUAGUUUAAUGUUAAGUGCUAUUUUCACAAUUAUGACCGGUGCCAUGAGUUCAAUGGCUACCUAUUGUAUCUUUGUGUUUUUGAGUUGUUUUUCAGCUGGUGGUAACUUAGUUUUGGAUACUUGUGUGUUCUUGGAAUACUUACCCCACAAGGAUCAAUGGUUAUUAACCUUUUUUGCAUUCUUUUGGGGGAUCGGUCAAGUGAUUGCUGUUGGGCUUGCUUACGCUUUCUUACCUAACAAUUCAUGUUCUUCGAUCCAAGACUGUCCAUCCCACGAGAAUAGAGGUUGGAGAUAUGUCUAUUAUGUCAAUGGUUGUAUUGUGUUGGUUAUGGCUAUUUUACGUAUCACCGUGAUUAGAUUAAAGGAAACACCAAAAUUCUUGAUUUCCAACAAUCGUGAUGCCGAGGCUGUGGAAUUAUUGCAUAAUAUUGCCAACAAGUAUAACCGUAAGUGUUCAUUGACCUUGGAACAAUUAGAAAGUAUCGGUACUAUUGAAAUCAAUGAUGAUUUCAGAAAGCAUUUGGAUAUCAAGGGAACCUUGCAAUUGAUUGCAGGACACGUAAAAACUUUAUUCUCCAACAGACUAGUUGCUAGAUCAUCUGGAUUGGUAUUCUUGUCCUGGUUACUUUUAGGUUUUUCAUACCCAUUAUAUUCGUCUUUCCUUCCAAUUUAUUUGGCUACUAGAGGUGCUACCAUUUCUGCCCCUGAUGUUGCCGGUGUGUAUCGUGAUAACUUGAUUUCAAAUUCUGUUUCAACUGCAGGUCCCUUAAUUGCCGGUGCAUUGCUUUAUUUGUUCCCAUUUUUGGGUCGCCGUGGGGUUCUUUUUAUCGGGGGUGUUUGUUCCAUGGCCUUCUUAUUUGGAUAUACCCAAAUUAAAACUCGGGCCCAAAAUGUUGCACUUUCCUCAAUAUCUUAUGCCUCGAUUUAUAUCUACUAUGCUGCAUUAUACGCUUAUACCCCAGAAGUGUUCCCUUCUGUUGCUAGAGGGACUGGGAAUGCUCUUUCUGUUGCAUGUACCAGAGUUGCCACUGUGGUUGUUCCUUUGAUUGCUUAUUACGCAGACACCAGUUCCCUGGUACCUAUCUGGAUUUGUGGUGCGUUUGUGGGUGUUCUUGGAUUCCUUGCAUUGUUGUUCCCAUUCGAACCAAGUAAACAUAGAGUGGUUUAAUAUGUUAAAUGUGUAUUAAUAUUGUAAUUGUUAUGUUUAUGACUAGGUUGUAUGACUUGUAGGUUUACCCUUGUGCCAGGAUAAUGUUUUGAUCUAUUAUCUAUAAUUAAAUUUUAUUUUGUUCUAUAGCUAUUGCGGCUUGAGACAAUACAUUCUCACUGGAAAUAACUCCUUGGGUAAUCCUUUCUGUACAUCACUAGCAAUCAACUUAAAUCCUGCUUCGAUAAAUAAUUGUCUAAACUUGGCAUCAGUUCUAGUGACAGAACUGUCAGUUUCAUCAAAAAUAUCUUCAAAAGGAGCAAUAUUUUCCUUGACAAUCAUAGUACCAACACCAUUUUCAAUCAAGGCAUCUUUACAUCUCUUCCAAAAUUCCACCAAUUCGGCGUCAGGUAAUUGUCCGACACACCAUUGACACCAGAUCAACCAAUACUUUUUUUCUGGUUCAGGUAUCCAGUCUUGCAUACCAAUAUCAUAAAUGGUGCCUAAUUUUCCUUUUUGUUGCACUUGAGUUAAUUCUGUUUCCAUUUGAGCCACAAAUGGCUUUACUGGUUCUAACAAGUCAACAGUAUCACUUACACGCCAUAACAAAUCUCGAGUUAUUCUUCCUAUACCAGCACCCAUGUCAAUGGUCAAUUUCUUGUAUGGGGCAGGACACGACAUUCUAGUCUCUAGUUUUCUUAAAAAGGUCAUGGAUCCAACGAUAUCGGCUUUGGGCACAGGGGUUUGUUCACCAAAUCCACCCAAGACACCAUUGACUGAUGCAGGCACUGAUGACCAGUAUGCUAUAGCGUCAUCAUAAUUUAUUUGCGAAUCAGCUAUCAAAUCAGAAUCGGCGUGGAUCUGAUCUGGAUCGUAUUCUUGAAGAGUUUUGAUGGGCAUGUUUGAUAUGCUUCACAAACGGUUGCAGAAGAU